AUGCUGCGUCGGGUGUGGCAGCGAGCAGGCAUGUGGCAGUCACCCGACGCGGUUUUAUUGCGCCGUUGCUGUCAAUGCACAGGACCGUGUGCUGCCGCGUCUACAAGAUCGGUCCUCUCCACGCGCUUCGGCGCUGCGUCCGCGCGCGCGGUCGCCAGUCAAUCAGACGCUGCCGAAAAAACGCCCCGCAGUCCGAACCAAUUGAACGUUUUAUUGUCGAAUCAAACACCGCCCACGACUUUUGUAGCCACUUGUCGCGCGUUGCGCGUCAUUGACGAGACGGCGCUAUUGGUGACGAUUGACGUCCGGACGUGGAACGUGGCACUGCAGCGACGACCGGAGGCUCAAGGCGAACGCGUGGCACCGGAGCUCUUGGGUUUAAUCGCGAAUUGUAGUUGCGAAAAUGCAAGUAAGCUCUUGAGACAGUUGAAGCGGAGAUACGGACCGCAAUUUGUAGCCCGCGUGCUCGUAGCCGUGGUCAAUGGCUGUGCCAAUAUCAAGAUGUUUGCAGCUGCUCACGAGCUGCUGCUGUAUCAGCAGACGUUGUGGCCGGAGAUUCGCUCUGGUGCUACUACUACAUACGCGACAUUGACGACGGGGUGGAGCGAGCAAAGUAAAACGCUGAUGCCGCCAUCAGUGGUUGGCCACCUGAUGGCCAAGAUGGGCCCAUUAUGCAAAAGGAACACUGUCACUUUUUAA